GGCAAAACCAUCACAUUGAAGAUAAAGUUGGUGACAUUUGAGACAAAGACAAGAGCUGUGACAGUUUCCUGUGUUACAAACACAUUGAGUGAUAUAUACAAUGCUGCUAAAGAACUCCUGAGAGUGGAAAUACAAACAAUGCAACCAGAACCACUCAGAUUGAGACUUAUGGGUGUUCGAAUGUCCAGCUUUAUUUCUAAUAACGCAGUGGGAAAACAAGGAUCCAUCAAACAUUUUCUAAAGACGCAAAACUCAAGGAAUCCUGAGCUGUCUAUUUCAUCCUCAUCAAAUAAUUCUAUUUAUGUCAUCAAUGCUGUAAUACCCACUCAGUCUGAAUCACAUGGAUUGAAGGAAGAUGGAAUUAUUACUGGCAGUAUAACAUCUCAACUCGUCAUGAAAGAAAUGUUUGUAAAACCAAAUUUACAUACAAAACUAGAACACGUAGAAACAAUACAUGCCUCAACUUCCAGUGUGAGUUUCAAUGAGUAUUCUCAGAUGAAAGAGACAAAGGUUACUGUUGAUAGGGAAGAUGAUUAUAAACACACAAAUGAAGACUUACUGCAAACUAUUGUUGAAUGUAAUAGCCCUGCUGGAGUAUAUUACCCUCAUGACAAGACACCGUGUGUAAAUAAAGAAACAUUAACUUGCCCUGUUUGUAAUUCUGAACAAAAAAGCAGUGAUUUAUUUGUGUUUAAUUCACAUGUUGACAUGUGUCUUAAUAAAAAAGCAAUUCAAAACAUGUUGCAGAAUGAUGAAGCAGUGUCUCCCAAAUUGAACUCUUCUAAGUGUUACUCGCCAAAUAAAAGGCCUCUUCAAUCUAGCAGUCAAUCUUCAAGCAAGAAAAAAAGAAAAACUGUCAACAUGAUGUCAUCAAAUACACCCACACUUGAUAGAUUUUUCAGUUCAAGUUAA